AGACUCAAAUAGUAUCGUUUUGUGUGUAUAUACAAUACAAGUUGUAAGAAAACAUGAAACUGUUGCUCUUGCUCUGUUUGAGCGUACCCAGCUUUUGUUAUGGAUUCAGUAUACCAUUUUUCAACAGCCAGAAAGAUCCAAGCGAUGAAUAUCUUCAUUCGAUGCCCUAUACCAAAGAAGAAAUUCUUGAAGUUAGGAGGAAGCUGAAUCUAUCUUUGGUUAGCGAUCCUGAUGAAUAUCUGAGUGUGCCACAACUAAUUACGAAAUAUGGUUAUCCAGUGGAAGAACAUUUCACUAAGACUUCAGAUGGCUACAUCUUAAGAAUGCACCGUAUCCCUCCUACCAAACCAGGAGUUACACCAAACGGAGAAGUUGUAUUCCUCAUGCACGGACUUCUUAUGUCAUCAGCUGACUGGAUUAUUCUAGGUCCAGAAAAGGCUUUAGCUUACUACCUCGCCGACCAAGGAUUCGAUGUAUGGAUGGGCAACGCUAGGGGAAACACCUAUUCUAGGAACCACACAAGACUAAAGCCCCACAAGAGCAAAUUCUGGAAAUUCUCUUGGCAUGAAAUUGGAACCAAGGACGUACCAGCCAUGAUAGACUACACCUUGAAAGUAACCAAGAAGAAAGCCUUGUUCCACGUAGGCCAUUCCCAGGGCACUACCAGCUUCUAUGUGAUGUGUUCCGAGUUGCCAAAAUACAACAAGAAAAUCAUUGCUCAUGUCAGUUUGGCUCCCAUAGCUUUCAUGAAGCAUGCUUUCAGUCCGAUUGUUAGGUUUGCAUCACAACUGUUGGUUGUUCCAAAGACGCUGCUCAGCAUAUUUGGUAUGAACGAAAUAUUGCCCCAUAGUGCCCUCCUCACCUUUUUGGGAAACCAUUUUUGUGCGGAAGGAGAAAAGACUGAAUUUAUGUGUAGGGAUGUUCUGUUCGCCGUCACUGGUUUUGACCGGGCGGAAUUCAAUGACACCCUCCUUCCAACUUUCCUAGGACACACCCCUGCUGGAUCCUCAGCAAGACAAUUCUACCAUUAUGCACAACUCGUUAAGUCAGGAAAAUUCAGACAAUACGACCAUUUCCCCUUCAAUUCAUUGCACUACGGCCCAUUGCAUCCAAUUAACCCGCCAUCCUACAACUUGAAGAAAGUGAAGGCCCCUGUAUAUCUCUUCUACAGUAACAACGACUGGCUUUCCCAUCCAAAGGAUGUUGACAACCUAUGCUCUAAAUUAGGUAACUGUAAAUCGAAAACUUUAGUGGCAGAGAACAGGUUCAACCACUUGGACUAUGUUCUUGGAAAACACGCUAAGGAAAGAAUAUACACUGAGGUUACUGAACAAGUUCUGGAAAAUUCACUGAAGGAAUGGAGGCUCAGAAAUUCACUCACUGCUGAAGAUGAGGACGAUGUAUUGCUCGAAGACGGUUUCGACGACGACAGUGCUUCGGAUGAAGAGUAUGAAGACCAAGACGAAUAGACGGAGACCAAGAAUGGUAACAUAAAAGUAGAUGUAGUAUAUAGGAAGUUUUCCUAGCAAUCGUACGGUAUUUUUACCGAUAAAGCAUAUAAAAAAAUUGUUUUUUAUUAUUUUGAUACCUAUUGUUAAUACUGAAUAAAAUGAAUUUUCAGAA